ACAGCUAUUUUUCAAGUCAUGUCUAUGGAUUCUCGGUAUUUGCUCGUAAUGUUUCUCUAUUCUGAGAUGAAGUGUUAUCUUCAUCGUUAUUUUGGGAAGUAAGCGAACGUGCUAACGUUAUCGUUGUUUAUUUCCAAUGGUAACGUCGCUAACCUAGCAGAAGGUAGCUGUUGAAGCGAGAGGCGGAGCCCAUUCUGGACAGGAUCCAAACCACUAUUCGCACUCACAUUCACACUUGUGGACGAUUUAGAGCCUUCAGUAAACCUAAAAUGUAUGUUCAUUUGGGAGGAAGCCGCUUUACCCGGAGAGGGCGAACAGGCAAAACCCAGCACAGCAAGCCCGUGUUGUGACAAAAUUCGAACCCUGAAUCUCAUAAUUGGGAGGCAGACGUGCUAACUCUGCCCCAGAAUGAAGCAUGGAAGAUGAGAGGAGAACAAGAGUGGUCCUUCUGGCAUGUGGGUCCUUUAAUCCCAUCACCAACAUGCACCUGAGGAUGUUUGAACUGGCUCGAGACUAUCUGGAAGACACAGGUCGCUACAAGGUGGUGAAAGGCAUCGUGUCUGCGGUUGGGGAUGGCUACAAGAAGCAAGGUCUGAUCGAGGCUUUCCAUCGUGUGAAAAUGGCCAGACUGGCAACUGAGAACUCUGAGUGGAUCACAGUGGAUGCAUGGGAGAGCUUGCAGCCUGAGUGGGUGGAGACAGCCAAAGUGAUUCGGCAUCACUAUUCAGAGCUAACAGCAGCUGAGCAAAAUGGUGAUGAGGUGGACACUGUCAAGUAUGCCAAAAAGAGACGCAUUGAAGAGAAUUAUGUUGAGAGUGCAUCAUAUCACAACAAAAGGGACGCAACUCAGUUGAUGCUGCUGUGCGGUGCUGAUGUCCUCGAGUCUUUCGGGAUCUCCAACUUGUGGAAGGAGGAGGACAUCUCAGAAAUAGUGGGCCGCUUCGGCUUGGUGUGUAUCACACGCUGUGGCAGCGACCCACACAAGUUCAUCCACCGGUCAGACAUGCUAUGGAAGCACCGCAAGAACAUCCACGUGGUCCCUGAGUGGGUGGCCAACGACAUCUCCGCCACGCACGUGCGCCGGGCUCUGCGUCGCGAUCAAAGUGUUAAAUACCUGCUGCCGGACAAUGUGCUUCAUUACAUCCAUGAGCAUCACCUCUACAGUGCCGAAAGCGAGCAGAACAACGCCGGUGUGGUUCUCGCACCCCUGCAAAGAUACGCAGGUGACCCCUCUGGUUAAAAAGUAGACUGCUUUUACGGUGAAAUGACACUAUUUAAAGCUUCCACCAGUGCCUACUCCACAAAAGAGUAAUAGUGUAGAUCCUUAAAUUUGGAUAUCUUUCUUUCAAAACAAAAUUUCCCAUUGAGAGCAGUUUUAUUUGUUAUAAUUUGUUUAAGAGUCCAAACUGUCAUCAUCAUAGAACCUUUAGCAAUCAUACAGGCAAUAAUUAAUUCCCAUAAACAGAAGUUAGCAAUUAAUUUAUUCACAGCGUCGAUGAUGGACCUCGCACAUCAAUUUUUGACAUGAAUUGUUACACAAAUAUAAAAUGAAAUCAACCACCAAUGCAGUUUUUCCAACAUUUUUUGAGCUAAGGCACAUAAUUUACGUUAAAAAAAAUUCAUGGAACAUCGUCAAACAAAAAGUCACAAAAACUAUAUAAAAAUAAUGAUGUCAACGCACAUUACUCACAAAUUUACAAAGUUUGUACUAAAACUGGGUCUUGUUUAGUUGAACACCUAUUAUUCUGUUGUAUGCAUGCCAACAGGUGGAUACACAGUUUUAUUGUAGGUUGCUGUGAAAAAAUAUUGGCUUCCUUCUCAAAUUCUUAUUUUUGUAUAAUUUCCCCACUUUGUUUAAAGUCAUCAAAUAGAUGUAAAUAUCAGACAAAGACAACCCAAGUAAAUGAAAUGAAUGUAUUUAUUCAGGGAAUAAAAAUAUUCAACCCUACCUGGUCCUGUAUGAAAAAGUAAAGGCCCCCUAAACCUAAUAACUGGUUGUGCCACCCUCAGCAGCAAAAACUGAAAUCAAGCGUCUUCAAUAACUGGCAAUGAGUCUUUUACAUCUCUGUGGAGAUAUUUCGGCCCACUUUCCCUUGCAUAAUUUUAAUUCAGCAACAGUGGAGGGAUUUCAAGCAUGAACGGCCAGCCUUUUUAAUGUCAUGCCACAGCGUUUCAAUCAGAUUCAAGUCUGGACUUUAACUAGGUCGCUGCAAAACUUUCAUUUAAAAAAAAAAAUUAAUAAUGUUUAAGCCAUUCAGAGGUUAACACGCUGAUGAUAUGUUUUGGAUUAUUGUCCUGCUGCACAACCCAAGCGUGCUUCAGCUUGAGGUCACAAACUGAUGGCUGAACAUUCUACUUCAGGAUUUUCUGGUAAAGAACAGAAUUUAUGGUUGCAUUAAUCACAGCAAGUCGUCCAAGUCCUGCAGGAGUAAAACAGCCUCAGACCAUCACGCUACCAUCACAAUGUUUGACUGGUGGUAUGAUGUUCUUUUUCAGAAAUGCUGUGUUAACAUUUAUGCCAGAUGUAAUGAGACACACUCCUUCCAAAAACUCCAUAGAAGAUUCUCCCAAAAGUCUUGGGAAUCAUUCAGAUGUUUGUUUACAAAAGUAAGACGAGCCUCGAUGUUCUUUUUGGUCAGCAGUGGUUUUUACCUUGGAACUCUGCCAUAGAUGUCAUUUUUGCCCAGUCUCUUCUUUACUGUUGAGUCAUGAACACUGACCUUAGUUCUUUAGAUGUUGUCCUGGGUUUCUUUGUGACAUUAACUGAGGCAAGGGAGGCUUGCAGUUCUUUAGAUGUUGUCCUGAGUUCCUUUGUGGCCUCCUGGAUGAGUCAUUGCUGUUCUCUUGGAGUAAUUUUUGAAGGCCGGUCACUCCUUGGAAGGUUCACCGCUGUUCCAUGUUUUCUCCAUUUGAGGAUAAUGGCUCACACUGUGAUUUGCUGAAAUCCUAAAAUUUUACAAAUAGCUUUGUAACCCUUUCCAGACUGAUAGAUGUCAGUUACUUUAUUUCUUGCCUGUUUUUAAAUGUCUUUGGAUUGCGGGAUUUGGUUGCAGCUUUUUGAGAUCUUUUGGCCGACUUCAUUUUGUCAAACUGGUUCUAUUUGAGUGAUUUUGUGAUUGAACAGGUCUGGAGUCUUGAGUGUGGUCAGUGGGGAGAAAAAAAAAAAAAAAAAAGGAAUCUUGCUGAACCGCAAUAGUUUUGUAAAGAGGAAUGGUCCAAAAUUAAUUCUGAUCAUUGUGCAUGUCUGAUCUUUAAUUAGAGGAAAUUUUGGUUGUGGUUAUUGCUGCCAAAGGAGGGUCAAGCGGUUAUUAAAUUAGUUCAGUUCAUCCACCCCCCCCCCCCCCCCCCCCGUCCUGUGAAUGUGUAAAUGUUAUGCUCUCUAAAAAUAUUAAACCAUAAUUGUGUGCUAUUAGUUUAAGAUGACGGAUUGUUUAUUCUUGUGAUUUAGAUGAUCUGACUCCAUUCAAUGACCAAUUUAUGCAGAAACGUAAGAAUUUCCAAAAUGUUCACAUGCGUACCUUUUCCUCCUACUGUAUGAUGAGUUUCCAAUGCCAAGGAUUCCAAUUUUUCCAAAACUCCCAUCUUCAAAGUACUACUGCAUUUGUGAUAAAACAACAUAGAUAUUCCAGUGUGUGAAGUGAUUGUGUUAGUGUAUGCUUCUGUACUUGAUGUACUAAAAUCUUCCCACCUCGCACUCCGACAACCUGAAGGUAGACAACUUUCUUAACGUGUUGGCAUAGUGCUGUGCAUGGGAAAAUUGACUUGUUUUUACACUAGAAAUUGAAUAAAACAGCUUACUUUGUUUUUCAA